CCGCCACCCUGAGGGAGAAGAGUUUGAACCUGCUGAGGUGCUGGAAGAGGAGGGGGAACGAAAUGCCGAGAAAGAGGAGGGAGAUAUAUGCCCAGGAAUGGGACUGCUAGAUCAUACGCGGCUGCUGCUUGCGGAGGAGAUCUGCUCAUUGCGGCUCUCUGCAGUCUCUAGCCCGCUCUUGCAGGACCGGUCACCGCGGCCAACGCAGCUCUGCACCCCAGCCCGGCCACAGCUGCCUCUGUCUGGUUCUCACAGCCUCAGCACCGCCUUCAUCCCAGCAGCAGCCUCGACCGUCGCUCCGACAGUUCGAUCGCUACCGCUCGUUCCACCUCUGCCCCAGCCACUGCUGCGUCUGAUAUUCUGGUGAGUCUUUCCUUGCGGAGGUCAGGUCUCCUGAUCUUGACGGUAGCCACCUUAGGCGUGCGAGGUCCUUUGAAAAAUGGCCGAGUCAGCCAACCACAAGGAACUGUUAGAAUCCAGUCAAGAAGAGGCUGGUAAUAAGGUAAUGACGGAGGGGCCUGGGGAACAGCCGGAGCGCGGUGAAGAUGCCGCAGCUGGGCCUGGAAAUGAUGGGGAGCGCGGUGAAGAAGCCGCCGCUGGGCCUGGGGAAGAAGGGGGAAAAGGUGAAGAUGCUGCUGCUGGGUCCGGGGAAGGCGGGGGAAAAGGUGAAGAUACUGAUGAGGACUCAGACCCAGACCGUCCAAAAGGACUUAUUGGUUAUCUUUUAGAUACAGACUUUGUUGAAAGUCUACCUGUGAAAGUUAAAUAUCGUGUGUUAGCCCUCAAAAAGCUGCAAACUAGAGUGGCCAAUCUAGAAUCCAAAUUCCUGAGGGAAUUUCAUGGUAUUGAAAGAAAGUUUGCUGAAAUGUAUCAACCUUUAUUGGAAAAAAGACGUCAGAUAAUCAAUGCAAUCUAUGAACCUACAAAAGAAGAAUGUGAAUAUAAAUCAGACUCUGAGGACUAUGAUGAUGAGGAGAUGGAUGAUGAGGAAAAGGUGUAUGGUAAUGAGGAGGGUCUGCUACAUGAGUACACGGAUGACGAUGACGGUUAUGAAGAUUAUUAUGACUCUGCUAUUGAGGAGGAGGAGGAUGACGAGGAUGAUGAUGAUGAUGAUGAUGACGAUGAUGACGAUGACGUCGAGGCUGCCGAAGAUGAGAAUAAAGAAGAUCCUAAAGGAAUUCCUGAUUUUUGGCUGACUGUCCUAAAAAAUGUUGACACACUCACUCCUUUCAUUAAGAAAUAUGAUGAGCCUAUUCUGAAACUCCUGACAGAUAUUAAAGUGAAGCUUUCAGACCCUGGUGAGCCUCUGAGUUUCACGCUGGAAUUUCACUUCAAACCAAAUGAAUAUUUCAAAAAUGAGCUGUUGACAAAGACCUAUGUGCUGAAGUCAAGGCUAGCAUAUUAUGAUCCCCAUCCCUACAGGGGAACUGCAGUUGAGUAUUGUACAGGCUGUAAGAUAGAUUGGAAUGAAGGAAAAAAUGUCACUUUGAAAACCAUCAAGAAGAAGCAGAAACACCGGAUCUGGGGAACAAUCCGAACUGUGACUGAAGAUUUUCCCAAGGAUUCAUUCUUCAAUUUCUUUACUCCUCAGGGAAUCAACUCAAAUGGAAAGGAUGGAAAUGAUGAUUUUUCACUUGGUCACAAUUUACGUACUUACAUAAUCCCAAGAUCAGUAUUAUUUUUCUCAGGUGAUGCACUUGAAUCUCAGCAGGAGGGGAUAGUUAGGGAAGUUAAUGACGCAAUUUAUGACAAAAUUAUCUAUGAUAAUUGGAUGGCUGCAAUUGAGGAGGUUAAAGCCUGUUGCAAAAAUCUUGAGGCAAUAGUAGAAGACAUUGAUCGCUAAGGCAGGGUAUAUAUACAUGGCCCUGAAAUUAACUGCCCUAGAUCUAGUUACUCAAGAUAUAAGAAGUUAAUUACAGUCUUGUGUUCUCAAUUUUUCUUAUAGUGUCAGUUAAAACAUAUGUCUCAGAAAUAUGAGAAGUUCAAAUACUAAUUCAUUUGAGCUUGCAUUUUAGUAGUAGAAUACCAAAUGUACACUGUGGUGAAUGAUUUAAGACAUAUUAAUAUAGUGGUGUGUAGUUUAGUCCUUCUGAAGUCCUUUUGUCAUGGAGAUAUUAAUCUGUAACUGUGAAUAUUAUCAGAAUUGCUAAAUGAGAUCAAUAUUUAUUCAGAAACAAAACUUUUGGAGAACCAACCCAGGAUUCUUUUGAUGUUAUUGUUGUUUUUUUUUUUCAUUUGUCUUAGUACUUUAGCUAGUGAGUUUAAUUUUAUUGUGCCUGCUUCAUUUUGCAAUAAAAAUGCAGAAGAAUUUUAAAUAUUAAUGCUUAAGAAAAAGUCUGCAUGUGGUUAAGAAUUUCAGGCAAAACCAUAUUUAUUGUUAGUAAGAACUUGUUCAUAGGCUCUUAUAUUUUAUGGGACCAUGGUAAAUAAUAAAAAUUAGUCAUAUUAAGGUUGUCUGUCAAUGAAAUGUUAAUCACAGUAUUUUCAAAAGAAUGCUACAUAUUUUGUAUAGUUGUGCAAACUGUAAUUACAGUGUAUCAUUUCUCUUUUCCCAUAGCACAUUUAAUCAUUCAUUGAAAGUGAACACUUUACCAUUUUGCAAAGAUUUUUCAUGUUCUUUCACCACAAAAUAAAAUGAAUAAAAAUU